AUGCCCGUUCCCGCCCCCGAACUCGGCUCCUUCAGCUUCGUCCCGGAGACAAAGGAGAACCUCGACUGGGCGGACCUCGUCACGCUCGACUUCAGCCUGCUCGGCACGCCCGAGGGCCGCGCGCAGCUCGUGGCGACGCUCGUGCGCGCCGUGCGCGAGGACGGCUUCUUCUACGUGAAGAACUUCGGCAUCUCGCAGGAGCGCGUCAACCGCCAGUUCGCGCUCGGCAAGCGCUUCUACGAGCUCCCGCUCGAGGAGAAGCUCAAGUAUGUGCCCGAGGGGCUCGACAACGGCAAGUUCAACGGGUACAUCCCGGCUGGGCGCAGGAUCUUGGACGAGACGUCGGGCCUGCGGGACCGCGUGGAGAUGUACAACAUCCCGAAGUUCGACGGAUAUUUCCCGCACGAGCACCCUGCGCUCAUUGAGGAGCACAUCGCCGAGAUCGAGGAGUUUGCGAAGUCUCUGGACAGUGAGGUCCUGGAGCCCCUCCACAGGCUGCUGGCCGUCGCGCUCGAGUUGCCCGAGGACACAUUCCUGCAGCUGCACAAGUACGAGAAGAAAAGCGAGGACCAUCUCCGCUACAUGAAGUACACCAAGUACAGCCCCGAGGAGAACCUCAAGCUCGGCAGGAUCUGGGGCCGCGGCCACACCGACCUCGGCACCUUCACGCUGCUCUUCCGCCAGCCCGUCGCCGCGCUGCAGAUCCGGCACCACACGACGGGCGCGUGGAAGUGGGUGAAGCCGCAGGACGGCACGCUCACCGUGAACACGUGCGACGCGCUGUCGUUCCUCACGGGCGGGUUCGUCAAGAGCACGGUCCACAGGGUCGCGGCGCCGCCGAAGGACCAGGAGCACGUCGAUCGCCUCGGCCUUCUGUACUUCCAGCGCCCCAACAACGACGUCAAGCUCGCCACCGUCAGCGCCUCGCCGGUCCUGCAGCGCGAGGGCCUCACGCAGAACGAGUUCGAGCGCACCGGGAACCCCGUGCCGACCAUGGAGGGUGCGUCGCUGGCCUGCAUGUUAUGCGCUCUUGCGCCCAAGUGGACGUUCGCGAAGCAGAAGUGGCAGCGCACGAAGAACAUCGUGUCGACGGACCCGGCGUUCCAGACGGCGCAGAUCCUGCCCGGGUGGAACGAGAAGGUGUAUGCAUGA